CUCGUACCAGUUUUACGUCGGGACGUUUCGAGGCCGCAUUGUGUCGCACGUAGAGCGAGAGAGAUCAGGUGCGCGACGUCAAGGGCGGCGUAUCGCAUGCGAGAAAGGACACGGUGAGAGGGAGAGAGAGAGAGAAGCGAUCGUGCGACGCGGGUGGCGAUCGCGGAGGAGAUUGCAGGCGGAGACAAGUUGUGCGCGGCCCAGCGAUAUCCGUGGCGUAUAUUCGUGUAUGUGAUUGCGACUCGACGGCAGGCGCGAGCGCAGAAACAACGCGACAGAGGAAGGUGGCGACGACGCUGCUCAGUCGCGCGGCAAGACGACUGCGGCGUGCUGAGAAACGAGAGGGAGCAAGUGAGAGAGAGAGAUCAAAGUAGCGCGCUCUCUCGUAGCCGCCGUUCACGAUCCUCAAAGUACGGGUAGCGCGAUACACGGGCUACCGAAGUGUUUGGAAGCGGUGGCCCAGGAUGCUGCCCGACGUAGCAAGAUGGCCGUGAUCGGCGAACGCAAAUAUCACGCGGCGAUCCGUGCGAGCGCGUACGCGGAGUUCUCGUGUCAUAGAAUCGGGAGUAACGAGACGGGCACGUCCUCGGCGUCCUCGACGUUGACGCGCCGUCGUCGGCACAAAAAGAAAGGCGAGCCUCCGCAAGCCCUCACUAUGACAUCCACCUCGCGCGGAAGCUGUCCGGAGUCCGGCGAGCUCAGCGAUCCCGACGACGGUUACAUGGACACGGACCCGCUCAGGUACGAGCUGCGCAACAUACAGAGCGUCAUACACGUCACGCGGCAGAACAUCGACGCCCUGAAUAAUCGCUUCGCCGGCUUCCAGCAUCCGCCGUCGAUAUAUCUGAACGAGUACGACGAACUGACGAGUAAAUUGCACGAUCUAGAGUGCAAGGAGCAGAAACUCCACGAGCUGCUGAACGCGGAAAAGAUAACGAUUAGUAGCGUUUCCACGUCGGAGAGCGACAAUAGCGUCGCUAGAGAGCCCAGGACGCCCGUCAAGACUUUCGGCACGCUGAGAGCGUAUCUACCUAAUCAGCAACGCACCAGUGUGCAAGUACGAGAGGGGCUCUCCUUGAGAGACGCGCUGGCCAAGGCCAUGAAGCUGCGUAAUUUAACCACUGAGAUGUGUGCGGUUUACAUUCUGGGUAUAGACAGCUCCAAACACCUGACAUCCUGGGACACAGACAUCUCAAUGCUGGAAUGCGACGAGAUCUCGGUCGAGAUUUUGGAUAAGUUCCCUAUAACUACUUCCAUUUCGCACAACUUUGUGCGUAAGACGUUCUUCUCGCUAGCCUUUUGCGAAUACUGCAGGAAGCUGCUCUUCCAAGGCUUUUAUUGCAGAACGUGUAAUUACAGAUUUCACCAGAGAUGCGCGGGUGGCGUGCCAGCCCUGUGCCAUCAGGUACGCUUACAGGAUGCUUACUAUCAAGCUCUGCUCGCGCACAAUCCAGAGACCACGGCUGGGAUCUUGCAGUUGCCAUCCGGUUACGGGCUGAGCAGAAGUAUGUCCCCUUCUCUUGCUCCGUCGAGAAAUCAGAGGCAUCCGCGUUCCUUGGGCCAGCACGAUCGUUCCAGCUCCGCGCCCAACGUCUGUUUCAACAUGGUGAAACCGAGCGGCGAGCCUGUGACUCUGGAAGAGCACAGCAGAUCGGAGAGUUUAGGCAGACCUGCUGGCACCACUCAGAGUCCCGUGUCACCUGGCAGCAGUCCAACCAAGUACAGUCAGUCCACGCAGGCCAGUCCUACCAAUACUCUGAGGCCCAAGCGACCGAGAGCAAAGUCAGCCGACGAGUCGUCGAAGAACCUCCUAGCACCGAGGGAAUCCAUCGAAGACUGGGAGAUUCCGGAGGAUGAGAUUUUAAUAGGGGCGCGUAUCGGAUCGGGAUCCUUCGGUACUGUGUACAAGGCUCACUGGCACGGCCCUGUCGCGGUGAAGAAACUCAACGUCAAAAUUCCCACGACCGCACAGUUGCAGGCAUUUAAGAACGAGGUAGCUGUCUUACGUAAGACUCGACAUGUGAAUAUCUUGUUGUUUAUGGGUUGCGUCAGUAAGCCGUCUCUCUCGAUCGUUACACAAUGGUGCGAGGGUUCGUCCCUGUACAAACACUUGCACGUGUUGGAGUCUAAGUUUGAGCUGAUAGCGGUGCUGGAGAUCCCCAGGCAGACCGCCCAAGGUAUGGACUACCUGCACGCGAAGAACAUCAUUCACCGAGACCUGAAGAGCAACAACAUAUUCUUACAUGACGAUUCUACGGUUAAGAUCGGUGACUUUGGCCUGGCGACGGCCAAGACCAGAUGGUCCGGUUCUCAACAGUUUCACCAACCGACCGGCUCUAUUCUCUGGAUGGCGCCCGAAGUCAUAAGAAUGCAAGAAGAAAACCCGUACAGCUUUCAGUCCGACGUCUACGCCUUCGGUGUGGUGUUGUUCGAGUUGUUGACAGGUCAACUGCCGUAUUCGAAUAUAAACAACAAAGAUCAGAUAUUGUUCAUGGUAGGUCGCGGCUAUUUGCGUCCCGACUUGAAUAAGGUGCGUUCCGACACGCCGGAAGCGCUCAAGAGACUCACUGAGCAUUGCAUCAAGUUCUCGCGGGAUGAACGACCGGUAUUUCGUCAGAUUGUAACUAUAUUAGAGGCCAUUCUGCUCGCUUUACCGAAAAUAAAGAGAUCGGAGUCCGAACCGAACCUAAAUAGAACGCAGCUGCAGUCUGACGAUUUUCUGUACACUUGUAUUUCACCAAAGACCCCGGGGAACUUUCAGCCGGGGAACUUUGGAGCAUUUCCCUUUUAUGCUUCCGGUGGGAACAUAUAAAUGUAUUGGCUGACACAUUAUAAGUCUGAUGCACAUACUGCAUAAAACAAGUAUUUAAAAUAUUGAAAAUAAUGCGAUAAGCUUAACACUAUGAACAAUCUACAUAAUUCUCUUCAAUUACACUCUGAUCGUGUCGCAGAUGUUCGCUCGAUGUGGAAUGUGAAAAUAUUCUUUGAUAUGAGACCGAGGAGGGGGCAAAGAGGAAGAAAGCUUUGUAUCGACUAGGGGGGAGGGAGGGGAGAAUAGCAUGUGUAGCUUUUAUCUUUAGACAUUUAUCAAAUGUUUACAAAGAAACGUAAAUUUUCAUUUGAUUACGAUUAUUCAUAUAUAAAUACACAUACACAUAUUCGUAUAUAUAUACACAAGUGUACAUAUAUACAUAUAUUACACGUGCAUGCACGUCAAUAUAACGGUCUGUUGAUUUUGUGGGAUCCUUAUGAAGGAUGUAAAACUAAAGUAAGUCACAUAAGAAGUAAACGGCAUUUAAGUCGUGCGGGCCGUCGCUUAUCUGAGGUAUUUUUCCAAAGGCCGAAGUGAUUUUUGUACCUACUUCCGUGGUUUUUGUCUUGAGUAUGCUCAUGUAAUUCAAAUUCUUCUCACAUACGAUCGCUACAUACGUAUUGGUACACGGGUUGCUUUGUGGCAAAUGAUAACGAGAGUCGCGUCGCAAAAAUACGUAUCGUAGUACAGAUUUCCGUUUUAAGAGAAGAAGAAAAGUCGCACAUUUAUAAAGUAAUACGCGCAUAUACUCAUUAAUGGGGUGAUCUUAUAAAUGAACCUGCUAUAAAUUAGGGAUAUUGAUUUUAAAAUGGACAAAGAUUUCUCCCGACAUGCCUGUAAAACGCUUAUUUCGUUUGACGAAUCAUUUCCGAGGAUGCUCUUAAUUAUUCUUCCUACUAUUAAGUGUAAGUAAGCAAUGCAAAACGGUGCGUGCACGAAUGAUAACUUCACGCACUGUAUACACGCAGCAUUGUACUUUCUCGGAGAAAGAAAUGUAUGACCUGAGAAAAAUAUUAAUAUUCUUUUAUGCUAUUAGAAAUGCUUGUGUUUGUUUCGUAAUUUAUUUAACCGAAGGUCACGUGUUUAAAGAGGUAAGCCAGAUAGAUGGAAAAUCGUAGCAAACGGGAGAGAAAUGUCAAGUUAAAUAUCCCUAAUAUUUAAUAACGCUAGCAAGAGAGAGAAAAAAAGAGAGAAAGAGAAUGUGUGACUAGAGGGGAGAGGAAGGAGGCAUCGUACCUUUCAGAUGCGUACGAAAAUUUUUCAAAAGAUUUUUGACCUACUUGUCCUUUCAUUUCGUAAGAUGCUAUAGUAAACAUAUCUAUUGUCGAGCAGAGUAUAGUUGAUCUGAAAAUGCUAGUACAAUGACUAGUAUGUUUUCGGUCGACGUUCUUUUCUGUAAAAUAUUUCUGAACAUCGGCUUGGAUGAUAUCAUGGCCUAAGAUAGAUAUAAUCAUUGUUGGUAACGAGCGUAAUAGGAUACACGUAUUGAAGAAAAAAAAAAUUUAACAAGGCGAUUAAUCAUGUAUGCGCUUCGAGAAAUUCUUUUACGAAACUUUUACCGUAGACUUCGCUUCUCUAACUUUGUAACUAACUCGAAUAUCUCGCGCGCAUCAGUAAAUUUAAGUUUUAAAGUUAAUUAUUCGACACACGACAACGAGAGAGAGGGAGAGAGAGAGAGAGAGAGAGAGAGAGAGAGAAGCAAUCUCGAGUAUGCGUGCGUAGUCUUUCAUAUCGAUUUGCGUUUGUAAUUGAUGUUAAACGAUACAAUUUAAUGAACGGAAUGUGCGCUCUUUCUUACGGUUGUAUCGCUUCUUCCGAGGCUAUCGUAAAUGCAGGAAGUAACGCAAAUUUCACUUCGAAUUAACCCGAUACAAUGCAAUUUUUUCGUUAGCGCCGAAGAAUUCGAUUGUAACGUCGCGUGUCGUUUUAAAUCUUCGUCACGACCAAACGUAUUUCGUUAAUGUACGUCACAAACAGUUCACACGCGCGGAAGGAAAGUGCAUUAGCAACGAACGCUCCUUAUUUUUUUGCGGAAUGUAAUAUAUUUUAUUUGACAUCCAUAUUUCGAGAAAAACCCUAAAUAUAUAUAUAAAA